AUGUGUCCCGGCCUCUCCCCCAACAUCCAACAGGUUGAUGAUGCCAGGAAAACAGCUGUCAUCGACAGAGAGCUCUCUCGGCUAGGUGUAGACAUUGCAUGCUUGCAGGAGACGAGGCUUCCAGACAGUGGCACCCUCAGAGAAAAGAGCUACACCUUCUUCUGGAAAGGUAAACCCCCUGAAGAACCCCGCCAGCAUGGUGUCGGCUUUGCCAUAAAGAACACACUGAUGACCUCCAUCGAGCCCCCUUCAGCAGGCACAGAGAGAAUUCUUACCCUUCGCCUGUCCACGUCUUUCGGCUCAGCCACCAUCAUCAGUGUGUACGUGCCCACGCUGUACUCUACUCCUGAGGAUAAGGACCACACUGACAUGCUUUACCUCCUUGGCGACUUCAACGCCAGAGUGGGAGCUGACCACGAGGCUUGGCUCUCCUGUCUCGGUGCCUAUGGACGCGGGAAGAUAAAUGACAAUGGCCAGCGUCUGCUAGAGCUGUGCUGCUACCACGGCCUAUGCGUCACCAACACCCUCUUCCCGUGCAAAGAAAUCCAUCAGGUCUCCUGGAGACAUCCUCGUUCACGCCACUGGCACCAGCUCGACUUGGUAUUGACCAGACGCAAGGACCUUGCCAGCGUCCUCCUCACCCGUACCUACCACAGUGCUGACUGCGACACUGACCAUUCCCUCGUCGCCAGUAAGGUGCGCAUUGCCCCGAGGAAGAUACACCACAGCAAGAAGAGCGGACGGCCACGCGUCAACACCUGCAAUGCCAGAAACCUCCUUAAGAUGCAGGGCUUCCUGAACCUUCUCAACGUGACCCUAGCAAGGAAGGAACACAAUCACGCUGACUGGUUUGAGGCUCACUGGGACAGGAUGGAGCCUGUGGUUGAGGCUAAGAGGAAGACCCGUCUGGCCUACAAGAACGCUCCAAACCCCACCACGCUUACUGCACUCAGGGUUGCCAGGAAAACAUCCCAGCAGACAGCUCGUCACUGCGCAAACAUCUACUGGUUAAAUCUCUGCAGUAGAAUACAGCUUGCUGCAGACGUAGGAGAUGCAAGAGGGAUGUACGAGGGCAUCAAGAAGGCGACAGGUCCAGCGCCCAGUAAGUCCGCCCCCCUCAAGACCAAGACAGGCGACGUGAUCACCGACCAAGGCAAGCAGCUAGAACGAUGGGUUGAGCACUACCUGGAGCUGUAUGCCACGCAAAAUGUUGUCACUGAUGCUGCCCUUGCCGACACCCCUGACCUGCCUGUAACGGAGGAACUUGAUGCACUGCCCACAAAGGAGGAGCUCAGUAAAGCCAUCAGCAAUCUCUCAAGUGGAAAGGCCCCAGGGAUUGACAGCAUUCCAGCAGAGGUCCUAAAGAGUGGGAAACCUGCACUACUCGAGCCCCUGCACACCCUUCUCUGCAAAUGUUGGGAGAAAGGACACAUCCCUCAGGACAUGCGUGAUGCGAACAUCGUCACCCUGUACAAAAACAAGGGUGACAAAAGCGACUGCAACAACUAUCGAGGUAUAUCUCUCUUCUGA